CUCAAACAAUUAUGAUUACAUAGAGUCGCAAAACGCUAGAUCAUUUUCAUCGUUUUAGGAAAUUAUUUUCUUGUUUUAUUCAUGUUGCUGCAAACGGAUCUAUCAAUUGGAGUAGCGACAGUACGUGGCAACAGAUCGUACUAUAUGCGGCGAAUUUCGUCGAGGAAGUGUGAAAGAGAUAGUGAAUUGACUCACACGCCGUGAUGGUGUGCGUCGAUGAGACAUGAGCGACAUGAGAACGUGAGAAAGAAAUAAGGAAAAGAAAAGGAAUAAAAAUAAUAAGUGACAAAAUUUCCUCGUGGUUCUUCGUAGAACUGUGGUAUUUCUUGUCUUACAGGAUGUAAAAAGUGACGAGGCCACGUCGUCGAGCGUAAUCGCGUUGAUUUCGACUCGGGGGAGUUAGCAGUUAAAAUUUUUAUAGUAUCACGUUCACUGACAAGCGUUAUCGUAGAUUUCUUAUCGUUUAUUGUUUUUUUUUUUGUUUUUCAACCGUAAGACGCAAACGAAACAUAAGUGGUGGGGUUAAUUGUCAUUUCGCGUCGUGCACAUUUGUUUAAAGCAUCGUGAAGAUCGACGGAUCGACGAAAUCAAAGGAAAGUGAAGAUGGAAAAAAAAUGGAGCCAUGUUUGACAGUCUAUGAGAUGAUGAGAUGGAAAGCCCUUGAUAAAACGUGAAAGUAUAUUUAUUUCGCAUAUCAAGUGUGAAACGACAAGUGGGUUAUGAAGUUUCAAUCACGACGACGUGUCACCGAUUGUGAAUAUUUUAUUAUUUUUUUUAAUUACCUCUACGAUGGCUGGAAAAUGUGAGGAAUGUGGAUGCGUUUGCGCCAAAUGCACAAAAAACAAUGAGACACACACGGACAUGCAUCUCCAUGCGGAGAUAGAGAAUCUCCGACAGCGUUUAAUAGAACGUGAUAGUCAUAUCGUUAAGAUGGAAACACAAUUUUUGAAUGAAGCUGACAAGUUUCCGAAUGGCGAGCUGGCCUCGAUGAAAGAAGAAUUGAGAAUUUGGCAGGAAAAAUAUUCGCGACUUUAUGAAGCUCACAAAAGGGUUCAAAAAGUCAAUCAAAAUUUGGAGGACAAAUUGCUAAGGAUCGUCGAUAAGUGCGAGACUGAAAAAGGUGCCUUCGCCAAAGACAUUGCUACUCUGUCGCAUCGUUUAGCCGAUGCUAAUUAUACUAUACAUCGUCUUACCCAGGACAAUGAAAAAUACAGAAAUGAUGUUAAUCUGGCUAUCCAAUUGCUGCAGUGCAAACCAUCCAACUUUGUUGGACAAAAAUACGAUUCGUUACCGUCCGAAGUUCAGGCAAAAGUACGAAUGUACGUAGCUCAAAAGCGGCGUUCGAGCGACGUCUCGCCGCCCGACGUUAAAAGUAUAACCGUGCCAAUAUCGACGUUCCCACCGACGGCGAUGGUCUACAAUAUAACAAAAGCGAAUGUGGAGAAGCAUAGCGACGAUGAGAGUGACGAUUCGAAGCCUCCGGUUGAUGUAGUAUCGGCGGCUAUAAUGGCAAAAGUAUUAGAGGAUCGUGAACGGGAGAGAAUAUUCGCGAAGCACUGCAACAGUUGUACGUGUCAUCGGGCAAUUUUAAUGAUAGAUUCGGAGACUCAAGCGAGUUUGGACAGGUUGGACGUUCGUUUUUGUGGUGAAGGAGACUCGAUCGAGUCAUCGAGCAAUCGUGAUAUUAGCGAGACUCUCAACAGUAAACAAAUGGAUACUCAAGGUAAAGUUGAAACAACGAGUAAUCCAACUACUUUUAGACACAUAAGCGAGACGAAAUCUUCGCGUCGUCGUACAGAAAUAGGUAAUAUUGAUAAUUUAACAAACGCGAAUACGAAAUUAAGCCCGAGUUUCAAUAACAGCGAAGGACAUUUGCGUUUGGGUCGUCAAGUGACGACGGUACAGAAGCACAACGCAACGAAGCAAAAAUUACCUCAAAUUAGCAGCGAUCGAACGACACUACUGUGCAAAGCGAACUUAAAUAAAAACAAGCAAACGCGUUUGAGCAAGAGGAUCGAUGGGGACACGAGGGCGAGUCUUCCGGAUCAUUGGAAAAAAUUCGAAAAAACCACGACGGAUAAUUGCGUCAGCGAAAAAAAUAACGUUUGCAAUGAGAUCCCGAAGGAACUCAGCCCCAUCGAUAUAAUAAACGAUAGAAUAUGGAAGAGCGGUUGGAACGCGAGAACCCAAUCGAUCGGCAAUGAGGCAAAUGAUAACGAUAAACGUAGCGCCGAUACGGAGAUCGAUGUGAUAAAUGAUCGCGUAUGGAGAAACGAUAGGACCACCGGAAACAUAAAUAAACCACAAAUGACCCUGAUCGAACUUACAAACGCUGUUAAUUCAACGACUGUCAAGGAUUUCGGUCAAACCGAAGUCGCGAUUAGUCCCAGCUUCAGCAGCGACAGCGUCGUUAUUUCGACCUCAAAUCAAUCGAGUAGCUCGAGCGACGCUCUUCACACAAUCAAUGACAAACGCUUGUUGAAUAACAACUCAAAAUCGAACUGCAAAGAACGCUCGAUCGGACCGAGAAAUUGUUUCAUGAGAGUGACACCAGGCUCGAAAAAUAUUCUUCUCGAUAACGUUGGUCAUUAUCAAACUGUCCUUUACACCAGCGGUACGAACAGGCCAAACACAGCCCUCGUUCACGUCGCUAAAUCCACGCGGUCCGGCAGAUCGAUGUCAACAUCCAGCGAGGAAAAUUCUCCCAUGGUAGCUACAACCGAUAACACCCAGCUACAAAGAGUCGCCGAAUGGGUCCAAUCGUCAGUGAGCGCCGGAAAAAACGAGCAAACCUCAAAACCUCUUGACUCGCGAGACAAUGUUUCUCGACAGAAAGUAACUCAAAUCGUCGAAGUCAGCAAAGAUGACACACUCGUUAAAAUCGAGAUGGACGAGAGCACGGAUGUUCAAAAUCCUCUUCUCCCACUUGAGAAGAUGAGGAAGCUCGAUGAAAUCGUCGUCGAAGCAUCUGGCGACAAAUCUCUCGAUAAUCCGUUCGCCGAUGCCUCGAGAAACGUUGGAAACACUUCGAGACACAACGACGCUCCUCAAGACGCCGGGCUUAUCGAAGAUCUCAUUAUUUUCGAGCCUUGCAACACCAACGACAAUUCGGUUGAAAAUUCCCGUGUGCCCGAGGACAAAAACGAUCCAAAUUACGAGGUUAAAAUAACCAAAGAGAUGGAAGAAAUUUAUUUGAAACUUGCCGCCAGUCUCGAUCCCGUUUCACUUCGAUUAUCCGGGCCGAACAGCGCCGAUCUCACCAUCGAGAAGUAUCGAAAAGAUCAUCGUAGAGUUCACGUACAAAAAUUACAGGACAAACCCAAAUAAUAGAGGUUGAAUAUAAAAAUUCUACUUUUUCAUUAUAUUUCGAGAGAGUUUAUAAUAUGGCGCCAUAGGCUUUGUAUGAUUUUAUCUAGAAAUCAUUCAUUUUCAAAAAGAUUAUUUCCCUUGAAAGAGAGGAAAAUACUUUUGCAUCAUAAAUUUACAUUUAUUUUCCCGCGAAAAAUAGAGUCUAUCGGAAAGUAAUUCAUCCAUGUCGAGCUCGACGUCACUCACGGCCAUAUCAAACUCAACAAAGCUGAGUGCAAGAGUAAUCAUCUGAAGCAAAACUCCAAAAGAGUUGAUGUUCGUUUGGUGAUACGAAUGGAGGAACCGACUCCUGGGUUAUUUCAUGAAAAUAUAAUCGUUUGUAAUCGCAUUAAUGGGACGAUAGUUAGUAAUCGGGUCCUUAAUCUAACUCGAUCGUCGUUGUUUUAAAUCUCACGUUUAUACGAGUUUUAAUCCGAUCUGUUGCCAACGGUGACGUUCGUUUUAAUCAAAAAGAUAAUCCCUCAGGGAAGGCAUGCCGAAAAAAUUGAGGAAAAUGAAAAUCAAAUUUCUAUUCGAGGAAAUUUGACCUAUAAAAUCACAACCAAAAGUUUAGUCCGAUGUAGAAAACGAUUGUACAAGAAGAAAGAAAGAAACCAACGUUGGAGGUCGUUGUUCGACGAUCUCGACGGGAAAACGUUUAACGAGAUAAAACGUAAAAUUAAUUAAACGGAGUUUAAGAGAGUGCUUCCCAAAUGUAAGGAAAAGAGAUUCUUUUUUUCCAGUCUCUUUCGACGGACGGUAUGAUAAAAACGUGAGGUACGUCAUCGUAGGGAACGCAACUUUAGGCUGUGACUUUGCAGGUUGAAGAUCCUUGAAGCCACUAAAAUAUUAUUGGAAACUUAAUCGUACCGUGCUUCUCGAUAAUAAGCUUAAGAAAAAAGCUCUACUAUAUCCAGAUCUGUUGUAUGGAUUAUAAUCGGACAACAAUAUGUGUUUGUUAUAAAAAUCGAAAAAAAAUUAAGACGAUCCAUCGGACAUGCACCGCGGCCUACGAGAUUUUUACGCUCAGCGAAAUAAAUCAUGCAGAGUUUCAAAAAAACAAAAAGCAAACAAAAGUUCCGAGACAGAAAAAGUACUAAACCGCCUGCUGCGAAGCUUGUUAACGAAAUUUAAGUGUUAAUCCCAUCUGUUACGAAGCCUCAGCUAUUAAUCGACUAUAAAUCCUGUGUGAUUCGUACCAACCGGUAGCUUGUUGGGAAAAAUAUAAGAAAAAAGAAAUGAUUCUUUUUCAAUCCGAAUUUUCACACGAGCUUCGGGAUCCUCCGAUCUUCAAUAUUUAUUACUGAGUUUCAUGCUCUUCUUAUUCCAAGCUUCUCAGUAAUAUUUUUGAUUUAGCACAUUUUUCAAAUAUUACAGUUUAAUUUAUUCAGUUUACAAAAAUUUCUCGUCAAUAUUUUUUUUCCGAAUUUUAUCCCUUUGCUCGCCAAGAUACCUCAUUGACGCGAUAAACUUUUAAAAAUCGAUAUAUACUUUAUCGAAAAAGAUUGAUUCAUCGCAAGGACUUGACAAAAUUUAAAUUUUUUGUUUUUUCGAACAAUCUUCGUUUUUUUUUUUCGUUCCAAGCACCUCGCAUUUUCGUUUCAUCCUAAUUACCCCCCCUCCCUCUAUCUUAAUGUGUUUUAAUCUGUUUGUGCAUUUAUCACAGUAAUGACAAUACUACGCUCGACUUUAUAGGUAUAUUUACGAAUAAAUAUUCAUGUAUAAAGAGGUAUUGCAAAAAAUGUAUGGAAGGUCGCCAAAUUCGAUGAAAAAAUUGACAUUUUUUUGUCGUGCCUCCUUAUAUAGUUAGACGUAUACUCCUGGAAGUAUUAAACAAUAUACAUACGUGGGUAUAUGUAGCCUGUAAAUAUACAUACUGAACUCUAUGAAAUUCUAUCGUACGUGUAUAGUUCGAAUGGUGUAUUUGCAAAGUCAAUUCUCAUAUAUGCUGGAGAAGAGAACGUUUAGCUUGUGAGAUCUGAAGAUCAAGAGUGAGAUAUGAUAAUACGAUAUUGCAUUUUUCCACGUUGGAAAAAUGAGGAAUGAUCUUUAGAGAAGAUCGUUUUGAAUCCUUCCUUCCUGGCUCCUCCCCCCCCCCCCCCCUCCCUGCCCCCCGAAAAGUACCAAAGUCGUAUAUUUGUUAUCGGUAAGAUUUAAGGAUAUGAAAAUCUGCGACGAAAGUCAAAUAUUUUAUGGCAUUGAAGUUCACAUGCGGUUGAGCUGCAACGAAAAGUGUGUUUUUUCGAUUCGAUUUAUUUGGUUCUUAGAAUCGUUUUGUUUGCUAAUUCUAAUCGAGUGCUCAAAUGUAAAAUUGACCAAUUUUCGUAGUUGAGAUUCGAAGAAAUCGUAAUUUCGUUGCAUUUCGAGGAAAUGAUGAUUUUAAUGUCGCAACAUUUUUGACUCCGUUACAAACCUCCCUGGGAAACAAAUAUACCAUAGUACGCCAAGCGCGUUUUAUUUAUUGUCGCACAGACGAAAAAGAUCAAGAUUAAGAAAAUAAAGUAUAGAACGUUUAUCAGCAAUUCAUUCGAAUCGUACAGACUGCGAGGAAAAGGGAUUGCACUCUGAACGGCGUAUACAUGCGUUAUCGAAUAGCUCCGGAGACGUAUAACGAGAUCUUGUUAUUCGUCGUUUGACAACGCCUACUAUAAUAACAAAUAAUAACUGUAUAUACGGAGGAAAAAUGAAUAAAAGGAAAGAAAUAUAUUUCAA